UCACAAAUGUAUAUAUCCCAUCGAAUUNCGCUACCCACAGAGUCCCACACACACUCUCCCCACAAUCAAACAAUCAAGAUCUGUUUUUUUCCUCCAUUAAAGAAGAAGAAGAAAACAAAAAUUCACAGCUAUAAUCCGUUGUUGAUUCCUACAGUUAACCUGUAUAUAUAUCUCAUCGUCGGCACCGCCAUUCGCCGCCCGAAUCCCGGUUUUGCGGUCCGUCUCGAGUGUGUGUGAACCCCAUUGUCUCUCGUUUUCUUUUGCGCAGCGCGAGCCGGCGGCGUCCGUGGGAGAUCUGUUGAUCGUCGGCCGGUGAAAAAAAGAGGCAAUUUUGCGAGUGGGUUUGUGGCGAGCGAGGUAGGAAGGGAGGUAUAAGGAAUCGGGAAUGGAAAGGGAGAAGAAAUCGCCGGCGUCGGCGGUGUCUGACGUGGGCGCGUGGGCCAUGAAUGUCGUCAGCUCCGUCGGGAUCAUCAUGGCGAACAAGCAGUUGAUGUCAUCCAACGGUUACGCUUUCACCUUUGCAACAACAUUGACUGGUUUUCAUUUUGGUGUUACUGCACUUGUUGGUAUGAUAUCAAAUGCCACGGGCUUAUCUGCAUCGAAGCACGUGCCUUUUUGGGAACUUCUCUGGUUCUCCAUUGUAGCAAAUCUGUCAAUUACAGGGAUGAAUCUGAGCCUUAUGCUCAACUCAGUCGGAUUUUACCAAAUCUCAAAGCUGAGCAUGAUUCCUGUGGUCUGCAUUAUGGAAUGGAUCCUUCACAAUAAGAAAUACUCGAACGAAGUUAAAAUAUCUGUCGUGGUUGUGGUUAUAGGCGUUGGCGUUUGCACUGUGACCGAUGUCAAAGUGAAUGCCAAAGGGUUUCUUUGUGCUUGUGUGGCAGUUUUCGCAACAUCUUUACAGCAAAUUUCAAUAGGCUCCCUGCAGAAAAAAUACUCCAUUGGAUCAUUUGAAUUGUUGAGCAAAACAGCUCCUAUCCAAGCUUGCUCUCUCCUUGUGACGGGCCCCAUUAUCGACUACUAUCUUUCCGGAAAAUUGAUUUUCGACUUCAAUUUUAGUGGUGGAGCCAUCUUAUUUAUACUCCUCUCGUGUUCUCUUGCCGUUUUUUGUAACGUGAGCCAAUAUCUCUGCAUCGGGCGUUUUUCGGCUGUUUCCUUUCAAGUAUUGGGUCACAUGAAAACCGUGUGCGUUUUGACUUUGGGUUGGCUGCUUUUCGACUCGGAGUUGACUUUUAAAAACAUAUUGGGAAUGAUUGUUGCGGUUAUUGGCAUGGUGAUUUACAGUUGGGCAGUGGAAGUUGAAAAGCAACAGGUCAACAAAUUAACGUCUCACGUGAAAAACAGUUUGACUGAGGAGGAAUUUAGGUUGCUUAAGGAGGGAAUUGAGACGAGCCCUCUUAAGGAUGUCGAGCUUGGAGAGGCUAAAUAGUGGCUGUUUGAUUAUCGGGAUUUUUUCGGGUUCCGGUUUGUGAUAUUUUUUGUGUAAGUUUAUAUAUAGUGUUUAAUUUCAUUUAAUUUAUUUCUGCAGAACACCAUUGUGAACCAUUAAUUUGCUUGAGCCUCAUGAGAAUCAGUCAGUGUUUUUUUAGAGUGUAGUGGAAAUUGGAUGAGCAGAGGAAGAAAGAGUUUGUUUUAUGUGGAAAGUGUGAAACUAUUUACAAAUUUUACAUUUUUUUUUUUUUUUUUUUNAUAUAUAGAGAGAUUUAUU